AUGAAGCUGACGUUAACAGUCGCAAUACUGGCAGUCCUGCUCCUAGCAGGUGCUGAAGCUGAUACGCCAGCCAACUGUACCUACGGGGAAGUUCUGGGCACGUGGACAUUUUAUGAAGGAGCCCGCACCUUCAGCAGCUCGGUAGAUUGCUCCUCGUACGAAAUUGUAAAUGAGGAAAAAAUACAUCUGUCGUACCCGAACGUAGCCACAGACAAAUUCGGAAAUAUCGGCACAUGGACACUCAUCUACAACCAGGGCUUCGAGGUCACUGUCAACGGCCGCUCCUACUUCGCUUUCUCGUACUACGAAGUUAAUAACGACUCGUCGGUGACCAGUUACUGCGACCGGACGUUCGACGGCUGGGCCCAUGACGUCACGGUGCGACACUGGUCCUGCUUCAAUGGCCAAAAAGACGAGCAACUGCCCGCCAAGACGCACACCGCGCCAGCCGCAGCCCUGGGACUCAAGAAAGAACUUAAGGUGACCGCUGCAGACCAGAAUCGGCUCAUCAAAGAAAUAAAUCAGGCGCAGCAUCUGUGGAAAGCCAAGGUGUACAAGCAGUUCAACGGCAUGUCAUACAAGGACCUGAUGAACAUGGGAGGAGCCCAAAGCCCCUCAGCACGCCACUGGCCGGAGCCUGCCCCAGUGACGGCGGAGCAGCGGCAGCGCGCCUCCUACCUGCCCAAGCACUGGGACUGGAGGGACGUCGACGGCGUCAACUACGUGUCGCCCGUCAGGGAUCAGGCAAGUUGCGGCAGUUGCUACGCCUUCGCAUCGGCUGGCAUGAUCGAGGCUCGACUCCGUAUACAGACCAACAACACCGUCCAGACGGUCUUCUCCACGCAGGAUGCGGUCAGCUGCUCGCAGUUGGCCCAGGGUUGCUCAGGUGGAUUCGGCUACUUAAUAGCAGGACGUUACGGCAAGGACUAUGGACUCGUGGAAGAGUCUUGUAAUCCGUAUCAGGGAAUAGACGCACAGUGUACCACUGACAGCUCCUGCCGCAGGCAUUACGUUUCUGACUACACGUAUAUUGGAGGUUACUACGGUGCGGGGAACGAGGUUCUCAUGCAAGAAGCACUUGUGCAGCGUGGACCUCUCGUCGUCGACUUCAUGGUGUUAAACGACUUCCGGUCCUACACUAGCGGCAUCUACAAGCACGUCGAAACAUCAGCCUCGACACGGGAAUUCAACCCCUUCGUCGAGACGAAUCAUGUUGUACUGCUGGUGGGUUAUGGUGUAGAUGAUGAGACUAAUGAGAAGUAUUGGAUAGUGAAGAACAGCUGGGGAGAGGAAUGGGGUGAAAAUGGAUACUUCAGAAUCAUUCGUGGCGUCAAUGAGGUCGGCAUUGAAAGUCUGCCUUUUGAAGCCACGCCCAUCCCUUGA